GACCGUAACCGGCAUGCAGUAAUCUACUGGCGCCCUGUGCAGUAUGGCUUGGGGUCGCUUCCCUCCUGUCCGUUGGACGCUGUAACCUGAUCCCCGUCUUAGAGCAGCGGACGAGGUGGUGAAAAGGUGGCAGGUUUCUGUCCCAAAACCGCAGGAAAUGAUCAACUUUCAGGAAUUAGUAACAUUUCAAGAUGUGGCUGUGGACUUCACCCCAGAGGAGUGGCAGUUGCUUGACUGUAAUCAGAGAAUGAUGUAUUGGGAUGUGAUGUUGGACAACUAUAGAAACCUCAUUUCAGUGGGAUCUCUAGUUACUAAACCUGAAGUGAUCCUCAAGAUAGAACAAGGACAAGAGCCAUGGCUAGAGGAGGAAGAGAAUCUGCAUUGGAGCUAUCCAAAAGCUGAUUGUCCACUUGAUGAACCAGAGAAGCAUCAGGAAAACAAAGACAACUUUUUGAAGUCGGUUUUGUUUACGUUCGAUAGAAUACUGACUGUGGAGAAACUCCACCUUUGCGACAAGAGCACACAUCUUAAUCCAAGAAGAAAGAAACCACAUAAAUGUAAAUCACAUGGGAAGAAUUGGGAACCUAAUUCAGACCUACUCGAUUAUAAUAGAAGUUACACUGGAGAAAACUCAUGUGAAUACAGUGAAUGUGGGGAAAUCUUCAAAAACAAGUUUCAUUUUAUUAGACAUGAAAAAAAUCAUGCAAGAAAAAAACCUUUAGAAUGUAAUGUCUGUGGGAAAGCUUAUAGCAGGAAGGCAUAUCUUAUAGCUCAUCAGAAAAUGCAUAGUGGAGAGAGACCCUUUGAGUGCACCGAUUGUGGGAAAGCUUUUACACAGAAAUCCUACCUUGUGAACCACCAGAGACUUCACACUGGAGAAAAACCUUAUAAGUGCAAUCAUUGUGGGAAAACAUUUAUUUGGAGCUCCUCUUUUAAUCAACAUGUGAAAUCUCAUAUGCUUGAGAACCCAUUUGAGUGUAAAGAAUGUGGGAAAUCGUUCAAGUAUAGUUCAUCGCUCUAUAAACAUUCUAGAAGUCACACAGGAGAGAAACCCUACCGAUGCGUUGUAUGUGACAAGGCCUUUGGCAACACAUCUGUGCUUGUAACACAUCAAAGAAUCCAUACAGGAGAGAAACCUUAUGGAUGUAUUGAAUGUGGCAAAGCCUUCAUCAAGAAGUCUCAUCUUCUUAGACAUCGGGUAACUCAUACAGGAGAGAAGCCCUAUGAAUGUAACAUAUGUGGGAGAGCAUUUUCCCAGAAGUCAAAUCUUAUUGUACAUCAGAAAAUGCACACUUAGUAUUUACUUUAUGAAUACAACAGCCUUAAAUAUUAGAUGAAUCUUAUUACAUAGCAGAGGACUCAUGAUGUGGAGUCCCUUAUUUGAAUGCUGAAGAACAGUCUCAUAAGAAAAAAGUGAGUGUCAGUCAUGUUCUG